AUGGGAAGCUGUCACCAGCUGAGCAUGCAGUGGACCCCUGUGUGUCCCGACAUGCACCCUGAUAUCUGCCUCUCCCUCCUCCUGACGCUGCUGCUCCUUCAAGUUCAGCAGAAUGCCUCGGUGCAGGAGAUCCAAACCAGCCAUGAAAACAUUGUGAAGAUCAACUCUGCAGGAGAAAUGAUGAAGUGCUCGGCAGCAAUGGAUAUUCUCUUUCUCAUGGAUGGUUCGUACAGUGUCGGGAAGGGGAGCUUUGAGCGAUCCAAACACUACGCGAUCAAACUCUGUCAAGCACUCGACAUUGGGCCAGGCAAGGUACGAGUCGGCAUGAUUCAGUUUGGUUCCAGUCCGCGUCUGGAGUUUUCUCUGGACUCGUACCUCACCAAGCAAGAACUGAAGAAGCACAUGAAGAAGAUUUCUUUCAGAGGAGGCAGCACCCAGACCGGCCUGGCCCUGAAAUACGUCCUGCGGAAAGGUUUCCCAGGCGGUCGGAACUCCUCCAGCGUGGCCCGCAUCGCCGUCCUGCUGUCGGACGGGAGGUCCCAGGGAAACGUGGUCCAGGCAGCUGCACAGCUCAAAGCAGCAGGCGUGGUCUUGUUUGCUGUGGGCUUGCGCUACCCCAAGUGGGAAGAGCUGCACGCCCUGGCCAGCGAGCCGAUGGAGAGCCACGUCUUCUUCGCCGAGCAUUUCUACGACGCCGUCAACGGCCUGUACACAACACUGAGCACCUUCGCCGUCUGCAGCGCGACGCCACCAGGCUGUCAGGUGGAGACAUUUCCCUGCGAGAGGAAGACGCUGGAGACCGUGAAGGAGCUGCAGGGGAAUUUCAUGUGCUGGAAAGGCUCCAAGGGGUAUUCCCCGUACACGUCGCUAUGUCCUUUCUACAGGUACAACAAGGUUUACAGAAGACACCCGACAGUCUGUCAUCGGACUUUAUGUCCCGAUCCCUGUGACUCCCAGCCUUGUCUGAAUGGUGGAACGUGUGUGUCAGAAGGCCCGGAGGGUUUCCACUGCGUGUGUCCACCUGGCUAUGGAGGAGACCCGCACUGUGCUCCUGCGUUGUCGCUGGACUGCUCUGUGGACUUGCUCUUCCUGCUGGAGGGCUCGGAUGCCCUCACCCUGGAAGGCUUCCUCCGCCUCAAAUCCUUCCUGAAGCGCUUCCUGCAGACGGUCAUCGGCUCCAACAGCCCCAGUAAGGUCGGCCUGGCGGUGUUCGGCGCCGAAGCUCAAGUGGAAGCCACAGUUGGGAGGUUUAACGGCGACCUGAGGGCGCUCCUCCAGGCCGUCGAGGCACUGAAGCCUUUCGGCGGGGAGACCCGGACGGGCCACGCGCUCCGCUACGUCACGCGCCACGGCUUCGUGAGCGAGCCCGUCUUCGCCGACGUGACCGACGACCUCCCCCGCGUGGUGGUGCUGCUCACCGCCACCCCCGCCAUCGACGAGGUGGUGGAGCCCUCCAAAUACGCACGCGACAGGGAGAUCUUCCUGAUCGGGGUGGGACCCGAUAGCUUGAAGGCGCAGCUCAAUAACAUCACCGGGAAUCCGCAGAGGACUCUCACCUACAGCGCCCCUGACCGGCUCACCGCCAAGAUCCCCGAACUCAAGGCCAAAAUCUGCAGUGUGGAUACCCAAGGCUGUCUUGGUCAGGCGGUGGACCUGGUCUUCGCGCUGGACGCGUCGAUGGGUGUCGGCCGCGACAACUUCGUCGCCCUGCAGAACUUCGUGCGCAGCCUCACCGUCCAGUUCGACAUCAACCGCGACGUGGCUCAGGUGGCCCUGGUGACCUACGGCCGACGGCCCGCCACCGUCUUCGGCCUGGACGCGCACGAGACCGGCUCCGCCAUCCUCAAGGCCGUGGGCGACGCCAAAUUCAUGGGCGGGGUGGCUUCGACCGGCACGGCGUUGCUCCACAUCCAGUCGGACGUCCUGACCGUGGCCAAAGGGGCGAGGCCCGGGGUCAACAAGGCCGUGGUGGUGGUGACGGACGGCUCGGGCGGCGACGAUGCCGUGGUGCCGGCUCAGAGGAUAAGAGACAGCGGAGUUUCUGUUUUUGUGGUCGGUAUCGGGGAUGUUCAGAGCGAGAGGCUGAGGCAGAUCGCCGCUUCAGAGGAGCGCAUGAUCUCGGUGCCGUCUUACGAGGAUCUCAAGUACUUCGAGGACGUGCUGGUGCAGAUGUUGUGCUCAGAGGUGAAGAAAGCUGUAAACCUGUGCAAACCCAACCCGUGCAUGAACAAUGGGACCUGCAUCCUGUCAGGAGGGAGCUUCCGCUGCCAGUGCCAAGGCUUCGAAGGACCCCACUGCGAAACAAGAAGCAGUCGGACCCCGUCCAGAGGAGACCGUCCGAGACCCGCUGGUCUGAGGAAGAAGAGCCGACAGAAGAAGAACCACCAGGAGCUUCUGCGUCACUACAAACUCCACCGAAGGAGACACGCGGCCUGACGCGCCCAGCACGGUCUCUACAGAUACAUAUCAUUUAUGAACUCUCGCACACGGAGUGAGGAGAAGCCUUACGCUGAUGAUACUGUGUUUUUUUUUUUGUAUGUAAAGUUCAACAAGAGCCUGGUAUGCAUCUCUACUGCAGUCCGUGAAGCCGCCACAUGCUCUCUGUUGUGCAGCUGGUUAAAGUAUUAUAUUACAGUGUGUAUCUUUUUUAUAAUAUAUUUUACAACUUUAUUCGCAGUUGCAACCAAAAAAAAGACAUCCAAAAUUUGUAACUUCUUCUUUUAUUAUACUAUCACCGCACGUUUUUGUUUUUUAUCUUUACACUCAGUUGACUGAGUUUUUGAAAUAUAUCUGUUUAUGUAUUUCAUGGUGCUUUGCCACACAUAUUAAGGAUGACUUUGUGGAGGGUUAGGGUUUUUCUUGUACAUACAGUAGGAUGAGAAGGUCCAUCCAGUGCUGGUGGAAAAACUCCUGUUUCAGGUUCUUGAUUUAUUCUACUUGCUUGAACUCAACCAUGGACCAGGAGAAACGUGUAAUAUACGAUGUAUUAUAAGUGUUGCAAAUAUUUCUCAGAACUCUUGGUUCUCUCAACUGUACCGUGUAAAUGUUCAGUGUUUCAGAAGUGAAU